CCCGGGGCCACGUUCUCCCCCGACCCAGCAGCUGCACGAAAGAAUGAACGAACGAACGCACGCACGGUUUUGGCCACAUGCGGCCGCCGUCGUAUCCAACAUGGCGGCACCCACAGGUCGCUUCUCCCCUCCCCCGCUCGGAGCCACCCGCUAGACAGAGCGAGGCAGGCAGGCGGGCGGGGGAAUGGGCGCUCCAGGUGGAGGCGGAGGCCGAUAAAGCGGGGCGGGCUCAGCCCGGCAGUAGCGCGGGCAGGAUGGCGGCGGCGGGGCGCUCCCGGCUCUGGGCCCCCAUGUACUCGCAGAAAGAACUCACAUCAAAGAAAAGGGAUGAGUUUGAAGAUAUCUUGGAGGAGAGACGGCAGUCCAGUGACCUGCGAUAUGCAAUGAAAUGUUACACUCCUGUCAUUUACAAAGGACUUUCAGCUUGCAAGCCAAGUGCCAUUAAAGAUAGUGUUCUGCAGUCUGAGCAACUUCAGUAUGUUAUCAAACAGCUAUCAAAAGAGAUGGGUGAGUCCACUGAUAUUAUACAAGAAGAAGCCAUUGAAAUCCUGGAUGAGAUGGGUCACAAUUUACACAUAGGAGCUAUUCGAUUUUUUGCUUUUAGUUUGAGCAAAAUAUUUAAACGCCUUUUCCAGAAGGUUUGUGUGAAUGAAGAAGGAAUUCAGAAAUUACAACAGGCCAUUCAGGAGCAUCCAGUUGUCCUGCUGCCCAGUCACCGAAGCUAUAUAGAUUUUCUGAUGCUAUCUUAUUUGUUUUACACAUAUGACUUGGCUCUGCCUGUCAUUGCUGCAGGAAUGGAUUUCCUAGGAAUGAAAAUAGUUGGUGAGCUGCUACGAAGGUCAGGUGCCUUUUUUAUACGACGUACAUUCGGUGGGAACAGACUCUAUUGGGCAGUUUUUGCUGAAUAUGUAAAAACAAUGUUACGGAAUGGCUAUGCCCCAAUUGAAUUUUUUCUCGAGGGAACCAGAAGCCGCACAGCGAAGACUUUGACUCCAAAGUUUGGUCUUCUCAGUAUUGUGAUGGAGCCAUUUUUUAAACGAGAGGUUUUUGACACCUACCUUGUUCCAAUCAGCAUCAGCUAUGAGAGGAUAUUAGAAGAAUCCCUCUAUGCAUAUGAACUUUUAGGAGUCCCUAAGCCAAAAGAGUCUACAUCUGGGUUGUUGAAAGCCAGAAAAAUCCUCAGCGACAAUUUUGGAAGCAUACAUGUGUAUUUUGGGCAGCCUGUGUCGCUCAGAACAUUGGCCUCUGGGAGAAUCGAUCGGUGUCCUUAUCGCUUGGUCCCAAGGCAUCUUCCCCAAAGGCUAUCUGAGGAUAUCCAGGACUUUGUCACUGAUGUAGCCUACAAAAUGGAGCUUCUACAGAUAGAAAACAUGGUUCUGAGCCCCUGGGUAUUAAUUGCUUCUGUCCUGCUCCAGAAUUUGCCAGCCAUAGAUUUUGAACUUCUGGUUGAAAAGACACUUUGGCUGAAAGGCUUAACACAGGCUUUUGGAGGAUUCCUCGAGUGGCCUGAUAAUCUAUGUGCCAAGAAAGCAGUCACGUCCAGCCUUGCCCUGCACUCCAACAUUGUGAGCCUUGUCAAUGGCCAAGUGGUUUUAAAUGACGUGGGAAUGGAGGAUGGAGCUACAGAGGAUCUUGUUUUUAAACAGGCCCUCUCCAUCCUCAUGUGCGGAGCCUACAGGAACCAGUUGCUAAAUGUGUUUGUGCGCCCAUCUCUGGUGGCAGUAGCAUUGCAGAUGACGCAAAGUUUCAGAAAAGAGGAAAUCUAUAGCUGCUUCAACUUCUUGCGAGACAUUUUUUUUGAUGAGUUCAUCUUCUUCCCUGGCAUUGCACUGAAGGACUUUGAAGAAGGAUGUUUUCUGCUUACAAAAUGUGAUGUAAUUCAAGUGACUCCCCAGGAAAUCUUAGUUACAGAGAGAGGAAAUUCUGUAGCAGUUUUUUUGGCAGCUCUGUUCAGGCCUUUUAUGGAAGGUUACCAGAUAAUCAGCAGAUAUCUUUCAAAAGAAACAAAAGAGGCCUUUACCGAAAAGCAGUUUAUACUUGGAAUCCGUAACUUUGCUUUUCAGCUUCUUGAGACAGGAAGCACUCAGUGUUAUGAAGUCUUGUCUUCUGACUUGCAGAAAAAUGCCCUGGCAGCUUUUGUGCGCCUAGAUAUAGUGAAGAGGAUGAAAACGACCAAUGGAUUUACUUACACUGUAAACAAAGAGGCACUCAAUAAAACAGCAGAAAUGUUUGAUUCUCGGAUACCAAUAAGGAAACUUGUGACUGCAAGACUUUAAUAUUAAUUAAAAGGCUUUGAAUGACUUGACUGUGUGCACUAUAAUCCGCAAAGAACACUGACAAGUACUCAGCUGGAGUAUGGUUAGGUACAGAAGUAUACAUCUUGCCUUUUCCAUUUGGGAAUUUUCAUAUGUAUUAUACUAGAUGGCGGGCAAAGGUUGUUCAAUUGGAAUAUUUUCAUUACUAGUACUGAACUUUGUCAGUACUGAUGCUUACUGUGUUCCUUUUUAAACUAAAUUUAAUCAUCUUUUUGGAUACAUAUUUAAGGAAAAAAAUGCACAGAAACAUCUACUUUAAAUACUUUUUUAGUUUUGUUACAAGGAAAUGUUUUGUUUCAAAUAGGUUAUUUCAUCAAUGUGAAACUAUAAUUGAGAACUAAAGACUUAACAUUAAACAUAAUAUUUAGACAAAAAUGUUGCUGGUUGUCAUAUCUAUGUUAUUGCCAUUGUGCUCUUCUUUCAUAGAAUAAAUGUCCUGUAACUGCCAAAAUCCUGCUUCUCUCUUUAUCACUUGUUUUAUAACUUGAUUUGUAUUUAUUUUUAUGUGUAGCUGGGACUACCAAGAAUUUAGCUUCUGCACAAAAUCUGCCUUAGCAUUUAAAACUGAGUUUAAAGCAGUUUGCGCUGUUUUCAAUUGUUAAAAUAUUGGUAUCAAUACUUAUUCUGCAAUGCCUUGUUGUUUCUUUGUGAAUGAGGCUUUAUAAAUGCAUUUUGUCAGUGUUA